AUGGGAGGAGAUCUCAACUUGAAGAAGAGCUGGCAUCCGCUCUUAAUGAGCAACCAGCGGCGAGUAUGGGAGGAAGAACAGAAGGCGCUGGAAGAGCGCAAGCGUAUCGACCAGAUGAUGAAGGAACGUGCGGAAGAACGGGCGAUCCAGGAAUUGCAGGAAAUGCAAGAGGCAGCAGGAGGCAAGAAGAGAUUGAACCGUGUGGACUGGAUGUAUUCUGGGCCCUCCAGCGGCCAGACAGGCACCACAGAAGAGAUGGAGGGUUAUCUGCUUGGCAAGCGUCGGGUCGACAACCUGAUCAAGAACGACGAGAACAAGAAGUUGGAGAAGAACGCUAGCCAGGAGUCCUUUAUGAUCACCCAACCGAGCGCAAACAAUCCCCGCGACAGUAUUGCCAAGGCGUCGAUGGAUCCAAUGGCGGCGGUCAGGCAACAAGAGCAGGCUGCAUUGGAGGCGAUGAUGAACGACCCCGUGCGUCGUCGCGCUCUUCUUAAGGAGGCAGGGGGAUCAUCAGAGGGAGAUCGCAAGCACCGGAAACAUCGCCAUAGGGACGAGGAGAGCAGGCAUCGCAGCAGGCGCCAUAGGAGAGAUGACGAUGACGAGAGACGGCACAGCCACCGCUCACGCCAUCAUCGCGAUUCUCGUUCGCAGUCACGAUCGCGAUCCCCUCACAGGCGGAGCCGUCGCGACGAGGGACGUGAGCGUCGACGCGACGAGGAGCAAGAUCGUAAGCGGGAGUCUUACAGGCAGCAUGCCUCCCCGCGUUCGCGGUCUCGCUCUCCCUACGAGCCCCGCAGGCGUGACGAGCGUCGGGAUCGCGAAUAUGCCAGAAAAGACAACCAUCGUGCCAGGGCACCUUCGUCUCGUUCGCCUUCUCCCGAUCGUCGCAGAGCACCGUCUCCGAGGACCCAGCAACGGUCCAACCCACCGAGGCCAGCCAAGGACGAUGCCGAGGAACGUGCUAGGAAGCUUGCAGCUAUGCAAUCGAGUGCGUCAACCCUGGAGGAGGACCGCAAGAAGAGGCUUGCAGCCAUUGAGGCUAGGGAGGAAGAGGAACGCCUGGCGGACGACAAGAAGCGGUCCGAAAAGGGUCGGUUUGUGUCUGGUCUGCAUCGUCAAGCGCAGGACAAUAUUGACCUGGGUGAGCGCCUCAAGAGGUCCAGAGGCGGCCUUGAAAAACUUGAGGCUUACUGA